AUGGCUCACAAACCACUUCCAGAGCUACCAGCUCCCAUUAUCGAGCUUCCCAGAUAUAUUUCUCAGCAUCCAGAGAAGCCUGUGGCCAAGAUCCUUGAGCCCUACCGCCAAUAUGAGGCUGGCCUCCGAUCAUUGUUUGCACAGGAUCGCAAGAAUCCAGUCCUCCAAGAUCCUUACGUCAAUGUGCUGCCUCUCUUCACCAACGACACCAAAUCAAUCACUACUCGCGCCAGGGAUCUGUCCACCGAGCCAGUGGAGGAACAGUCCAGAUAUAUCAUGCCCUUGACAGAGGACAAGCGCCGUCCGAAUGGAUCCCCGGCUACGGUUUCGGACCUUUCCGAGUUCCAGAAGAAUUUCAACGUCUUCUCAGAGUCGUCACUGGCAGAGAUGGAUUGGGAUAAUGUUGUGGCAGCAGGCUCAUCGGUUGUAAAUUGUCUGCUGCCCGUUCCUGACGAGUACAAAAUGCCCAAGCGCAAACUGCGCGAGUAUUAUCACGAAAAGUUCUGUCCCGCGUCGGACGUUGAUCUCUUCCUUUACGGUCUGACGCCCGAGGAUGCAAUCGAGAAAAUCAAGCAGAUUGAGCAAGCGGUGCGAGAUGUUCUUCUAAAUGAAGUGACCGUGAUUCGCACCAGGUAUGCCAUCACCAUCGCCAGCCAAUACCCAGUGCGGCAUAUACAGAUUGUGUUGAGGGUCUAUAGCUCAGUCAGCGAAAUACUGACCGGCUUCGACAUCGACGCCGCAGGUGGUGCCUACGACGGCAAGCAAGUCUACGUGACUCCCCGCGCUUUAGGUAGCUUCAUAACCCAGAUCAACCAUGUCGAUUUGAGCCGUCGGAGCCCUUCAUAUGAGAAUCGCUUGUCCAAGUACUCCCAUAGGAACUUCGAAGUCUAUUGGCCGGAUCUUGAUCGAUCACGUAUCGAUCCUACCAUCUUCGAGAGGAGCUUCCAGAGAACACUCGGUUUGGCGCGUCUUCUGGUUCUCGAGAGCCUGCCAUCCACCUCGGCCCGGCAGGAUUAUCUAAAUAAACGACGUCGGGAGCGUGGGCGGCCAAUCGUACAGCAGAACCGAUUCAAGCUAGGGGAGGGCAACAUCAAGGAUGAUUAUGAGGACGAGGUCGCUGACUGGCUAUCAUCUGAGGAGGUCAGCAAUUAUCAUACCUUCUCCGUGCCGUACGGUCAGAGGUUCGGCGUCAAGCGGAUCGAAAAACUAUGCUACACACGAGAUCUUCUACUCAAUGCCGAAUGGAAUCAAAACGAUAAACGGGAGGUUUAUCUCCAUCGACACCCCGCCUUCUUCGGCCGUGUUGAGGAUAUUGUCGAGGAUUGCUGCGGAUAUUGCCCCGAACCUGUCACAAAUGAGGAGAAGGAGGUUGCGGAGAGGGAAUCACAGAUCUACAUAUCUGGAAAGAUCUCGUUCUUGACUGAUGACCCUGGCCGUCAGCAAAUAGGGUCCUUCAACCCGCUCACAGAGAAGGACUGGACCGAUAUGGCGUAUAUCGGGGACACUGCACGUCUUUGCCAAUCCAUUGUCGAUGAUGAAGUUGACAAGAUUAAAGGAUGGAUCUCACAGCUAGAUGCUGAUAUCAAUAAGCGGGACUAUACUGGACGAACACCACUGCAUCUGGCAGUCACUUCUUCGACCCCGAACGUAGUACGGUGUCUGGUAGAAAACGGCGCUCGCAUCACGGCUCGAUUAGCUGACGGUCGAACGGCACUUCAUCUAGCGGCCGCUCGUAACAACACCGAGAUGAUUAAGAUCCUCUUAGAUAAGAGCGCCGAAAAUGAGGAGGCUGAUGCGGAUCGGGUAGAGAAGAGGCGUCGAGACGCAAAGUCGGGCAAGUCGGAUCGUGAUGGGGAUACCGAGAUGCAUGAUGACCAAGAGGAUGGGGUUGACAUGGAUGACGAGGAACAACGCCUGGUGGAUACUGAAGAACAAGAAAUCGACGAGGCAGACGACGGUGCCAGUUCCAAUGAAGUCCACAUGGAUGAGGAUGAAGGUGAAGAAGAUGAAGAUUCCGACGGAGAGCUCAUCGGCUCCGAAGAGAGUGAUGAUGGAGCGCCAACGGAGACGACGGGAUCGUUUGUUAAACUGAAGCGCGUCACCGAAUCUAUUGAUCAGCUUGCCCUUGAGGAAUCCGAUGAAGGCCCGGACUACUACGAUAUCGAUGUUCUGGCAUGGGAUGUUCCCUGCUCGCCGCUGCACUUGGCGAUUGCGGGAGGUCACGAAGAUGCUGUCAAAGCCCUUUGUGACUAUGGCGCCGACUCGAUUCUCCCUGUGAAGUUCCUGAGUCAGAUCGAUGAUGACCAGACUGCCGCGAUCUUGACGCUGACACUCGCCCUCUCUCUACCUUCGGAGCAAGCCAUCUCCAUGACGAAGUUGCUCCUCAGUCUUGGCGCCAUAUCAUCACAGGCCGAUUCCAACGGGGCUACUGCGUUUCACCGAUUCGUAGAAAGUGGCAGAAAGGAUAUGGUCGACACCCUGCUUGAGCAAGACAGGGCAGGAGUAAAGAUGGCUAUCAACCACAUGGUGAUGGCCGGGUCUAGCUGGGACCCCGAAGCUAUAGCUCCUCUACACUCAGCCGUCGAACGAGGAGACUCUAUUCUUGUCUUGAAACUUCUCAAUGCUGGGGCUAAUGCAACUGUCAAGUUCGAUGCGUGGCUCAAGGCUGCUAAGACAUCUGCAAGGAUAUCCUCUGAACUGGGUACCUUUGACACCAAUCAGAAAUUGUAUCGCAAGUUGCUGCAGCCUCUGUUUGCUGCCGUGCAGGCUGACAACCACGAGGCGGCUGUCAAAAUCUUGGAGUCGGGCGCCGAUCCAAAUUCGCUGGACGCAGAGACGCUCGAGCUAUUGGAAGACGAGUUCAACCGUCGAUAUUACACAGGCAUGUCCAUCUUGAACACUGUGGAGUCUCGAAUCGGUAAACUCCAGUCCAAGUUGAGGACGGCGGAGCGAGCUCUUCACAGAGAGAAGCCAGAGAAGGCACCCGGAAUGGAAGAGUACCUUGAUAGGUUUGAUCUAGACACCUACAGACACUGGGCUGCUAGGCUAGAGAUUGCUUCUCGAGAGAGGAGCUACAAAAUCCGCAUGGAGCAGUAUGAAGAAUACCUUAAAGGCCGCAACUCAUUAGAGGAUGCGGAGGAGGUAGACCGUCUGCGGGGACUAAUCGCAGGGUUUACUGCUCUAAAGGAGAUUUUGAUUUCAAAGGGGGCCAAAACUUUUGCUGAGCUUCAUCCCAAUAUAAAAACAAGAGAGGAGACUCCCCCAAUGUCUCCCACUCCUAGCGUAGAGGAUUACGCAGAGGCAAUAGGGCACUCCAUUUCCUUUCACGGUGACAACACUAUAACAGAGAAGCGACGGGAGGGGUACAUUCAAUUGAUGGAAGCAGCCUUCACCGGUAACCUGGACAGGGUAAAAUCACUGACAAUGCAAGCAUGGGGCGCUGAACAGGACGAGCCACCUCUGCUGGCAAGUAUCCGAGACACUGCAGACAAUGGGCCUUUCUCCCUCGCCUUUUUCCGUGGUCAUCAUGAAGUUGCCAAGGCUAUUCUAGAGAUUGUCAAGGCUCAAUGGUCGCCGAAGAAGCAGAAAAAGGCGUACAGGAUGAAAGGCGAUGAUAGCGAUGACGAGGAAGAGGAGGAAGAGGAGGAAGAGGAAAACAGCGAGGAUGAAGGUGAUGAAGGUGGCUCCGACAAUGGGCCGGCUAUCGUGGGCGAGAACCUGGAUGAGAACUAUACUAUCGAUGACCUCGGCCAGCUAACAGUAGUCAAGUGCCAUGUCACUCCAAGCAAAAUCCUCGAGGAGAAAUGGAAAAAGCCGAUUUUGCACGGUGGUAUCCCCGAAGACAUCAAAUCUCAUACGAUGUUUCAACACUGUGUUGUGGACAACGACGUGGCCAGUCUAAAUAUCCUCAUUGACAUCGCUCAGUACUGGGCCAGUCAGACGCUCGAUGAUGCUGAAGAGGAAGAGGCCCACGGUGCCUUCAGGUUACCAGAGCUAGAUUACAGAGACGCUAUUCAAAAGGGACACACGGAACUGGCCAGCCUGAUGAUCAAAUGCACUGGCGCGGGCAUCCCACUUGACAGUUUCAUCAAAGGCUCUGGUAUCAAGCUAGACCAAAAACCCAAGCUCUACCAAGGCCUUACCGUCUACGGAAAGAAGAGGAAAGAUUGGGCGAAUAAGGGUCGCAAUAUGAUCUCCAGGGCAAGCGGCUUGAAGACCCCUCCGCUGCUAUAUGCUGCUCUUGGUGGAUCCCUCGAGAGCGUCCAGUUCUUCCUUAGCGAUGUUCCUCAUCGCCUGUAUACCGAAUUCUCAAAGAUUGAGACGGCGUUGCUUGAUCCUAGAAUCCAACAUCUAACGCAACAGCAAGGCGCAUUCGACCGGGCUGUCGGGAAAUGGCUUGGCAUUGAUGCCGACUUCAUCAUUCAUUGUGCAAUAGUAUCCCCUCCAAAGGAACGUCAAAUCGAGCUAUUGCAUUACCUCAUCAAGACCUGCCCCAGUGCCAUAGAAAAGAAGGAUUCGAAAGGAAACACGCCUCUGAUGAACGCUGCCUUUCUCGGCCGUGUUCCCUUUGUGAAGAUCCUGAUCGAGGCCAACGCUGACCAAUCGGUUCGCAACUCCAACGGGGAAAAUAUAUUACAUCGUGCUUUGGGCGAAAGCCCCAGAGCGAGCGAGUUUCGGUCAUUCCUAGAGCUUCUAGAUCCACGUUUACUUGGGCAUCUGUUCUUGCAGCGCAAGAAUCUGUCUGAGGACGGAAGUAACCCCGUGCAUUCCUGGAUAUCGAAGAUCUGCGGCUCCAAGUACGAGCAGGAGAGCUCGGACGGCUACUUCUUCUAUGGCAGGCCAGAAGAAGACUACGAGACCGAGGAAUCGUCUGCUCCCUACAAAGAUGACAAGCCGGGCCUGGUUGAGAUGCUGCGUCUUCUCCUUGAAUCCUGCAAGGGCGAGGGGCUGGAAAUGUUCAAUGGUGCUGGAGAUACAUGUCUCCAUACAGCGGUUUUGAAUCGCCAGCUGGCCAUCACCAAGACACUGAUUGAGUUCAAGCCGAGUUUGAUAUACAGGGAAAACGCGGUCGGCCGCACCCCUCUGGAAGUCGCUCGGGAUAUCGUUACCGCCAGCAAGUUGUCACGGCCGCGACAGAUCGAGCUGUCCCGCCUCGAGCCAGGGGACAGAAAGGCCCCAUUUGAGUUUGGCGAUGGAAAUGCUACUCCUGUUCCUUCGCCUGGUAGAAGCGGCGAAUCUCGAGCUGCGACUGUGAAUGCCGAGAAGCUUGGGGUUAGUGAGAAAUACAGCGAAAGGGUUCUUGCCAGAAUUACGUGGGAGGUUGGGUUAGGUGGCACGUCUGUCAAGCCGUCCAAGAAACUGACAAAAGGGCUGAGCAAGGCCGUCAUUCUAGACCUUUGUGCCACCAGUGCGGAUAAUAAUCAGAUGAAGCGUCGUCUAGUUUCUCUGAAUGAGGCCAACGAUGUGGCAAGGAGGUUGGGCGAAAUGAAGGCUCGAGUCGCCAAGGAAAAACAAAACAAGAAGAGCAAUGACAACGCGGAGGAGGAUGAAAACAAAGCGCCGUCUACUGAAGAGGCCAUCACGUUACAGUUGGAAACUGCGACGCGCUGGUCGAAAGCUCUGGAAGACUAG